GGGAAUGCACAGGCGCACUGUGAGAGACCGCAGGGCACGCUGGGUAGGGCACGCUGGGCAGGGCAGCUCGGCCCUCUGCUGCUCCUGCCUGCCGGUUGCUAGGCGCUGGGACGCGCCUGCUGAAGUGUGCGGGGCUACAGGUGGCCUCCUUGUGGUGGGCCGUGACUGGCCGGGGCCGAGGACACCGCGGCUGCCCGGGCCUGCGAGAAGCAAUGGAACCCGGGAAGAGAAGAACCAAAGAUGAUACCUGGAGAGCAGAUGACCUCAGAAAACAUCUCUGGGCCAUGCAGUCAGGCGGUUCCAAGGAAGAAAAGAAGCACAGAGAGAAGAAGCUGCGUAAGGAGUCUGAAAUGGACCUUCCUGAACACAAGGAGCCGAGGUACAGGGAUCCCGAGCAGGAUGCCAGGAGCAGAGACAGGGCGGCUGAAGUCCACACUGCUAAGGAGAGCCCUCGUGGGGAGAGGGACAGAGACAGACAGAGGGAGAGGAGAAGAGACGCAAAAGACCGGGAGAAAGAAAAGCUGAAGGAGAAGCAUCGAGAGGCAGAAAAGUCUCACAGCAGAGGAAAGGACAGGGAAAAAGAAAAAGACAGAAGGGCCCAGAAGGAAGAGCCCCGGCAGACCGUGGCCCGCCACAACCUGCUGGGCCAGGAGACACACGACCGGCAGCUCCUGGAGCGGGCGGAGAGGAAGGGCCGCUCAGUAAGUAAAGUAAGAAGUGAAGAGAAAGAUGAAGACUCUGAAAGAGGAGAUGAAGAUAGAGAAAGAAGAUACCGAGAAAGAAAGCUGCAGUACGGAGACAGCAAGGACAACCCUCUCAAGUACUGGCUUUAUAAAGAAGAAGGUGACAGGAGACACAGGAAGCCCAGAGACCCAGAUCGAGACAAGAAACACCGAGAAAAAAGCAGCACAAGGGAAAAAAGAGAAAAAUAUUCCAAAGAGAAAAGUAAUUCAUUCUCUGAAAAAGAAGGGGAAGAAAGACAUAAAGAAAAGCGACACAAAGAAGUCCUUCAUUUUGAUGAUGAGAGGCACCGAACCAGUGUGGAUAGAAAAGAGAGAUCAGCAAAAGACGAGCACAAGAAAAGGGAAUCCAAGGUACCCCUUCCGAUGCUUCGUUGCCUUCACAGCCGCCACGAGAACGGUGAACACAGAAAUCGAGGUGCAAGCUCAAAAAGAGAUGGGACCAGCAGCCAGUAUGCCGAGAAUUUAGUAAGGAAUCACGGAAAAGAUAAAGAUUCAAGACGGAAGCAUGGCCAUGAGGAAGGUUCUUCCGUGUGGUGGAAGCUGGACCAGAGGCCAGGAGGCGAGGAAACUGUGGAAAUUGAAAAGGAAGAAACUGAUUUAGAAUAUGCUAGAGCUGAUGCAUAUACAGCCAGUUGUGAAGAUGAUUUUGAAGACUACGAAGAUGACUUUGAGGUUUGUGAUGGUGAUGAUGAUGAAAGCAGUAAUGAACCUGAGUCAAGAGAAAAAAUGGAAGAACUUCCUCUAGCUCAAAAAAAGGAAAUACAAGAAAUUCAAAGAGCUAUUAAUGCAGAAAAUGAAAGGAUUGGCGAGUUAUCUUUGAAACUGUUUCAGAAGCAAGGUAGAACAGAAUUUGAAAAGGAGCCCAGGACAGAUACAAACAGUUCCCCUUCCAGAGCCUCCGUUUGUGGAAUUUUUGUGGAUUUUGCCUCAGCUUCACACCGUCAAAAGAGUCGGACUCAGGCCCUUAAGCAAAAGAUGCGAAGUACAAAACUGCUUCGGCUCAUUGACUUAGAUUUUUCAUUUACUUUCUGGCUCUUGGAUCUACCACCAGUAAAUGAAUAUGACAUGUAUAUCAGAAACUUUGGGAAAAAAAAUACCAAGCAGGCAUAUGUUCAGUGUAACGAAGAUAAUGUUGAAAGAGACAUUCAAACGGAGGAAAUAGAGACCAGGGAAGUGUGGACCCAGCACCCAGGAGAAAGUACCAUUGUAUCUGGAGGCAGUGAACAAAGAGAUACCUCUGAUGCUGUAGUUAUGCCAAAGAUUGAUACUCCAAGGUUAUGUAGCUUUCUGCGGGCGGCUUGUCAGGUGAUGGCUGUUUUGCUGGAAGAGGAUCGCUUGGCAGCUGAACCCAGCUGGAAUCUUAGGGCUCAAGACAGGGCCCUGUAUUUUAGUGACAGCUCAUCUCAGCUGAACACCAGCCUGCCAUUCCUUCAAAAUCGAAAAGUAUCCUCCUUGCACGCCUCCCGAGUUCAGAGGCAGAUGGUGGUCUCCGUUCACGACUUACCCGAGAAGGCCUUUGUGCCCCUGCUGGACAGCAAAUACGUCCUCUGUGUGUGGGAUAUUUGGCAGCCUUCAGGGCCACAGAAGGUUCUGAUAUGUGAGUCCCAGGUGACGUGUUGCUGCUUGAGCCCAUUCAAAGCAUUUUUACUGUUUGCCGGAACAGCGCAUGGCUCAGUCGUCGUCUGGGAUUUGAGAGAAGACUCAAGGUUGCAUCACUCUAUGAAGCUGAGCGAUGGUUUCUGGACAUUCCGGACGGCCACGUUUUCCACCGAUGGAAUCCUUACCUCAGUAAACCACCAAAGCCCUCUGCAAGCAGUAGAACCUAUCUCGACGUCCGUCCACAAAAAGCAGAGCUUUGUGCUUUCGCCCUUUUCGACUCAGGAAGAAAUGUCAGGUUUGUCCUUCCACAUCGCUUCCUUGGAUGAGAGUGGGGUUCUCAAUGUGUGGGUGGUUGUUGAAUUACCAAAGGCAGACAUCGCAGGUUCAGUAAGUGAUUUAGGCCUGAUGCCUGGAGGGAGGGUCAAGCUGGUACAUAGUGCUCUGAUCCAGUUGGGUGACAGUCUUUCCCAUAAAGAUAUUGAAUUUUUGGGGACUAUACAAACACUGAAUGUUAAAUUUCUGCCUUCAGACCCUAAUCACUUCAUUGUUGGCACAGACAUGGGUCUCAUAAGCCAUGGCACAAGACAAGAUUUGAGAGUGGCUCCCAAACUAUUCAAACCUCAGCAACGUGGUAUAAGGCCAGUAAAAGUUAAUGUCAUUGAUUUUUCACCAUUUGGAGAACCAAUAUUUUUGGCUUACAGAGAAGUUACACGAGCAGUUCAAAGGCUUCCUGCGCACCCUCUGCAGUACCACGUGGGCUUCCUUCUCUCUGGGUGUUCGCGUAUUUUCACUGUCUGAGGGGAAGUUGCAGACAUGAUACUCCAUCCCUAAACAGUUCAGCGUGCGUUUCCUAAAAGCAAGAACAUCCCCACAUAGCUGUUGUAGUCACGGUCACCAGGGAGUUCACACUGGUACAAAGCUGCUAUCGAAUCUGUAGAGGGAGGGAGAUGGCAUGGAUUGUCUGAUAAUGUCCUUUGUAAGAAAAACCAUGUCCCAGUUCAUGUGUCUCAUUCAGUGGUUUGUCUCUUUAAACUCCCUUGAUCUGGAUGUCAAAGACUGAAUUCCUCCGUCUUUCAUGACCUUGACAUUUUUGAAGGGCACAGGCCAGUUACUUUGUAGAAUGUUCUUGAGCCUGAGCUUGUCUGAGGUUUCGGUCCGUCACAGACGCAGCUUUUUCGUGCUUGGCUGGAGGAGCUCAGGGUGAUGUGUGUCCUUGGGAGACCCAUGACGUCAGUUUGUACCAUCCCACAUAACACUAAUUCUGACCAUGUGGAACUACCAUGGUCCCACUGAUGAAGUGUCUCACGGGGAGAUACCCUGACACUUUGUAAACGUCUCAAAACUCCUUAGAUUUUCACCACCAGUUCCGGCAUCCAUGGAUGAAUCUCGCCUGAGUUGAUUAUUAGGAUGAUUGGCAAGUAGUGAUUUUCCAGCCCACCGUUAAUUUUACAUGUACCAGUUGGCUUUCUACUGUUGGGGAAGACUUUUCCUUUCUCUGUAUAUGGAUGUAUGUGUCUAUUUAUUACAUGUUGUGGACACGUUGCUUUUUACUUUAUUCAGUAGGUCAUAAUCAUUUACUAGCAGUAUUUAUUUUGCUGCUCAAAUUUUCUGGGUUAGGUCAGUGGCUGUCCUUCGAGCUGCCUCUUUAUCCUUUUGAUGUCAUCCUGUGAGCCCUGAACCAGCCACUUCUCCUCAGAGUUCUGGCUCUUAUGAGUGGUGGAAAUAUCUAGAAGCCAAGAUCCGGGCAGUAAGAAGUGUUUGACAUACUUGUGGGCCUGCUCAGAGACACAGCACACGGAAUACCUGCUUUUAUCUGUAAACCACAUAGACAGGCAUCACACCCUGUGAGUUUGCACCCUCGUCUCCAACUCCAGGCUAACAAACGGUCCCCCCAGCCUCCCUCCUCCACGGCGGUGCCUGACUCUCAGACAGUGUGUUAUUAGGACGAUUGAUCUGGUGGAUGCUUCCUGCACUUUAUCCGUUCACAUGCUCACUCUCGGAAUACAC